GUCUGGCCCCCGCGUUGACUUGAAACGGCAAGACUGCUUGCGUCCGUGCGCCGCACGAACACCAAUCAGAGCAGCAUGUCCUCGACAGCAAUCGUGUGUGCCCCAGGUCUCCAACCCAACAUGCACAUCAAGUGAACAUCGAUCUUCUCCGUAUCAUCGUCAGAACAUGUCUUCCAUCUCUGGAGAAGAAAGGGCGUUGCAGCUCGCGCAGGCCGCGAGCGAGAGCCUCGCGUCUGGCGACUUGGCGGCAGCUGCAAGGAAGCUACGCGAGGCGACCAGUCUUGCGCCAGAGAACGCGCAGAUCAAAGAAGCAUGGGAGAAAUUAAGGCAAGAGGAGGAUAAGAGCGAAUUUCUGGCAAUUUGCAAAGUCUGGGUGCAGACGAAGGAUGAAGCCGAUGGCGAGCGCGCGUUAAAAUCGUUCAAGGAGCGCCCGUUGAAGCAAGAAGAAGCGGAGCAAGCAAUGCAAAUUCUCAACGACUUCAAAGAUGAAGACGAUGUCCUGGACCAAGUCACUGGCGAGCUGUUGAAGAACGUUGGCGCGCAGAAAUGGCUGGCACAGGCUGUGCGAGAGCGGCCGACACGGACCUACUACGAGCUUUUUCCUCGUGGAGAUGAUUCUAUCGAUGGCCUGCUCAAGGUGCUGCUCACCCGCAGCCUCUGGGACGACGAUGCUUCGUUCAAAGAAAGCCACAGAGAUGUGUUCCAGCUCUGUCUUGCCAUGCUUAUGGAGGAGGCACUUGACCAUCCCGAACGCGCUAUGAGAGGCGUCGCCCAGCUACUAGCUCAUCAUGCAAACCAUCUCGAGAAUAUCAUCGAUUCCGACAGCUUUGAUGUCAUUCUUUCUUCUCUUGACAUUCGGCUGCCGAAGACUCUUCGCGACCAGGCUACCCUCGCCAGCAUCAAGCUGUUCGAGCUCAGUCCGGACACCGCGAAAGAAUUAAUCUCCAAGUUCGUCACAGAGCGUGCGGAGAAGGGCGAUGCGGACAACCUCGUUGUAGCUUUCUCUGCAGCUACGGCCAUUUUUCCAAUCGCGGUCGAGGCUGCAGCCGCCCUCUUCCUCACAGAUGGUUUCGUCAGCACGCUGGUCCCAGUGGUGGAGAAGAAGAAGUCGCAUAAGCUGAUACAAGUGACACUGGAGCUGAUCAGCGCGGCGUGUGUGGACAAGAAGUGCCGCGAAGCCAUCAACCGCCACUGCAGGGAUUGGUUAGAUAUGGUCGCAGACAGCACCGACAAGGGGCGUGCCAAUCUCGCCGCGCUCAUUCUUGUCAAGCUAGGUGACGAGGAACCUCCGUCGUCAGAUAACCCCCAGGUCGUCACGCCCGCAAAGGUCGACCAAAGCGACCUGAUCGAUAAAUUCAAGUCGAUGGUCAUCAGCACCGACGCCGGCAGCAAGCAGGACUCUGUCGAAGGUCUGGCGUAUGCGUCUCUCCAAGCAAGGUUCCGUGAAGAUCUGUCAAAUGACACGCGUUUACUCAAGCGGCUUAUCGAGAUCAUGAGCGCGCCAUCAACAGCAGGCAACAUCAUCUUUGGUGGGCUCACCAUUUUCGCCAACAUCACAGCCUUCCUCCCCAUUCAAUCGGAUGAAGAAAAGAGGAUGGCUCAGCUCAAAGCUUAUGCCAACGUCCAGAAGCCGGCAGCACCAGACGACCUUCUCAACAACGAUCAUGCUACGGCAAGGUGCACACGAGUGCUCCAGGCUGGUGUUGUGCCACUGCUGACACACCUCUGCAAGAAAGGCACUCCGAAUGUGUUGUCGCAGAGCAGCCAGAUCCUGCUGAACCUCACCAACGACAAGAAGGGGCGAGGCUUGAUGACACAGCAAGGCGCUGUCAAGCUUCUGAUUGUCACCUGGGAGCACAUAGCUUCAACAUCAGCAUCGUCCAAGACCGGCACAACGCCCUUCCCACCAACCGCACAGCCAGUCACCGCACAAGCGCUGUCCCGCCUGCUCAUCAGCGUCGACCCCCAGCUCGUUUUUAAUUCCACACUUCCCCCCACCUCGGCCAUCCGCCCGCUGCAGAGCCAGCUCUCCCGCACCGACUCCUCCAUCUGGCAACUGCACGCCUUCGAAGCCCUCCUCGCCCUCACCAACCUCGCCUCCACGGACCAAGACACGCAGAACCACAUCCUCCGCACCACCUUCGACGCCGCCGUCGACGACCUGCUGCUCAGCGACAACACGCUCCUGCGCCGCGCCGCCACCCAGCUGGUCUGCAACCUCAUGGGCUCGCCGUACUGCGUCGAGAAGUUCGCCGACGGCUCGCCCCGCGCAAAGCACCGUCUGCACCUGCUCCUCGCCAUGACCGAUGUCGACGACGCGCCGACGCGCAGCGCAGCGGGCGGCGCGCUGGCCGCGCUGCUGUCGUGCGGCGACAUCACCGUGCUGCCGUUUCUGCAGCAGGACAAGGGCGUCGCGUUCCUGCUGGGCUUGUGCGGCGACGACGACGACGAGCUGCGGCAUCGCGGCGUCGUGUGCUUGCAGAGCGUGGGCGAGGUGGCGGCGGGGCUGCAGGCGGUGAAGAGGCAGGGCGGCGUCGAGGCCGUGGCGGCGGUUCUGGCGCAGACGCGGAGCGCGGUGGUGGCGGGCGCGUGUCGCGAUGCGCUGGCGGUGCUGGAGGGUUGAUGGUAGACAGGUAUGGAUAGAUGGUGUCUGUGGUUGUUGCGGAAGCACCUGAGGUAUUGCUAUAAGCACGCUAUAGACGCAAUUCUAAGUAUCCGUCCCACAUCUCGAGUGCUCAGUAAACAAACCCUCCCGCUCCAGUACACGCACACUUCCACUCCUCCCUUCACCUUCCCAUCACCUUCCCAUCAACUUCCCAUCAACUUCCCAUCACCUUCCCAUCACCUUCCCAUCACCUUCCCAUCACCUUCC